AUGCAUUACCGCCACCGCGUGGUCGAAAACGGCAUUACAGGGUCUCUCCCGGUUUAUAAAAUUCCCCUCAAAGACGAACAAAUCAAUGUUCCUGGGUGCAAGCGUUUCAGUUUUGGGAAAGAAUCCACCAAACCUAAUCGUACCAUCAUGGUUCUUGGAGCAACUGGGGCUGGGAAGUCAACUCUGAUCAAUGGAAUGAUCAAUUACAUUUUAGGUGUUGAAUGGGAGGAUUCAUUUCGGUUUAAGUUAGUUCAUGAGGACCAGUCGAAAUCACAAGCUCACAGUCAGACUGCUGAAGCCACUGUGUACAAAAUCAACCACCAGGAAGGCUUUAAAAUCGAGCACUCUCUGACUAUUGUGGACACUCCAGGCUUUGGAGAUACAAGAGGAAUAGAAAGAGACAGAGAGAUCACAGAGCAGAUACGUAAUCUCUUCUCUGCUCAGUCUGGUGUCAGUGAAAUUGAUGCAAUCUGUUUCGUAGCUCAAGCUUCGUUAGCACGACUCACAGCAACACAGAAAUACGUGUUUGACUCUGUGCUUUCAAUCUUUGGCAAAGAUGUGGCAGAAAACAUCAGAGUUCUGGUGACAUUUGCAGACGGCCAACCUCCACCAGUUCUAGAGGCAAUCAAUAAAGCAGAAGUCCCAUGUCCUAAAACAAAAGACGGGCUGCCAGAUCACUUCAAAUUCAAUAACUCAGCAUUAUUUGCAGACAACAAAUCAUCUGCAGCAAACAGCACAGAUGAAGAUGAUGAAGAUGGAGGCUUUGAUCAGAUGUUUUGGAAAAUGGGGACAAAAAGUAUGAAGAAGUUUUUUGUUGCUCUGAAUAAGAUAGAAACCAAAAGCUUGACAAUGACGAAGGAAGUCCUCAGAGAAAGACAGCAGGUUGAGGUUUCAGUUGAAAAUUUGCAGAAGCAGGUUAAAGUUGGGUUAGCCAAGCUUGAGGAGAUAAAAGAGACGACUGAAAUACUGAAAGAGCAUGAGGCAGAGAUCAGCAGGAACGAGAAUUUUAAGAUUAAAGUCACAAGCACAAAGCCUUUUCAAGAAGAUAUUUCUUGUACUGGAAACUACAUCACCAACUGUCAGCAGUGUCACCAAACCUGCCAUUAUCCUUGUCAAAUUCCAAAUGAUUCAGAUAAAAGUCGCUGCUGGGCAAUGGGAUCAAAUGGAUACUGUACUCAGUGUCCUGGCAAAUGUUACUGGAAUGUACAUUUUAAUCAGAAGUACAGAUGGGAGUAUAAGCAGGUGAUAGAAGAGCAGACAUUGGAUGAUCUGAAAGAAAAGUACCUAAAAGCCUCAAAGGCUAAGAUGACUGUUUGGGAUUUUAUUGAAAAACUGAAGGCUCAAUAUUAUCAUGCGCAGGCGGAGGUGGUGAAAUUGAUGGAGAGGUCUACAAAGUGUCUGAACAGACUCAAAGAGAUAGCACUGAGGCCACAUCCUCUCUCCACUCCAGAGUACAUUGACAUGCUUAUUGAGGGAGAGAAAUCUGAGGCCAAACUAGGAUGGAAGAAACGAGUUCAGGCCCUGAUGGACAUGAGAGGAAAAGCAGAGAUCAUGGCUAAAGCAUCGAGAGGAGAGAGACUCUUCAUGUAA